AUUUUGUGCCUGGUGCCGAAGCCGCCGCUGAACAAUGGACGAGUCUCCGGCAGGACCGGGGCCCUGCCCAGCUGCCGCUCCGGUCGCCAUGGGUGGGGAAAACGAGGCAGAAAGCCGGCAAGGCCCCGCGGACCGGGCUAGCGGAAAGUCCCGCCUGAACCUGUUGGACACUUGCGGGGUGUGUGAGCAACAUAUCCAGAGCCGGCGGCCCAAGCUGCUGCCUUGCCUCCACACGCUCUGCUUCCGCUGCCUGCCCCCGCCUCACCGCUACCUCAUGCUGCCGCCUCCCGCCGCUCCUUCGCCGGGCGGCGGUCCCAAAGACCCGCCGUUGCCGCCCCCGCCCCCGCUGCUGCAGCCUUCGCCGGCUCCCUCGUCGCCCGUCUCCACCCCGCCCUCGCCGCUGCACUGCAACCCGGUUGGAGUUGUUCGUUGCCCAAUUUGUGGCCAGGAAUGUGCAGAAAGACACAUUAUUGAUAACAUAUUUGUGAAGGAUACUACUGAAUUUCCUAGUAGUACAGUGGAGAAGUCAAAUCAGGUUUGUACAAGCUGUGAAGAUAAUGCAGAAGCCAAUGGGUUUUGUGUGGAGUGUGUUGAGUGGUUAUGCAAGACCUGCAUUCGAGCUCAUCAGAGAGUGAAAUUCACAAAGGACCAUACAGUCAGACAGAAAGAAGAAGUGUCUCCAGAGGCUGUUGGUGUAAGUAGUCAGAGACCUGUGUUCUGUCCUUAUCACAAGAAGGAGCAGCUGAAGCUGUACUGUGAAACUUGUGACAAGUUGACAUGUCGGGAUUGCCAGUUGCUGGAACACAAAGAACACAGGUACCAGUUUAUACAAGAAGCCUUUCAAAAUCAAAAGGUGAUAAUUGACACACUUGUUACAAAGCUGAUGGAGAAAAGCAAAUAUAUAAAACAUACCGAGGAGCAGAUUCAAAAUAGGAUCCAGGAAGUUAAUCGGAAUCAAAAGCUGGUGGAACAGGACAUUAAAGUUGCCAUUUUUACAUUGAUGGUAGAAAUAAACAAAAAAGGGAAAGCACUUCUGCAUCAGCUUGAGUGUCUAGGUAAAGAACACCGCAUGAAGCUUCUGCAGCAGCAACAGGAAAUAGCAGGUCUUUCUAAGCAACUGGAGCAUGUCAUGAAUUUUUCUAAAUGGGCGGUCUCCAGUGGUAGCAGCACAGCAUUAUUGUAUAGCAAACGCUUGAUUACGUAUCGAUUGCGGUACCUUCUUAGAGCAAGGUGUGAUGCCCUACCUAUCUCUAAUGCCUCUAUUCAGUUUCACUGUGACCCUAGUUUUUGGGCCCAAAAUAUCUUCAAUUUAGGUUCUUUGGUGAUUGAAGAUAAUGAGAUCCCACUGCACAUGCCUAAAAGCCCUGUGAUGGAACAAAGCAUGCAGCCACAAAGUGGCUUACCUUCAAAUCAGCUAUCCAAGUUCCCAACCCAAAUCAGUUUAGCUCAACUACGACUUCAGCACAUGCAGCAGCAGGUCCUCGCUCAGAGGCAACAGGCUCAACGGAGAGCAGGUCCUGCAGGCCUGCCAAAUCCUAGAAUUGCAGGGCCCAUGCAUCAGACUCCUCCUCCUCCACCACCGCCACCUCAGCAGCCACCUCCACGUUUGGUUAACUUUCAGAAUCACAACCUUAAAGCAAAUGGCCCCAUUCCUGUGCCUCAGCCUAUGAGAUUUUCUCAAAACCAGAAUGUACACCAUUCAGCUGGAAGACCCAAUCCAUUGCAGAUGGCAUUUCUGGCACAGCAAGCUAUUAAACAGUGGCAAAUAAAUAGCGGACAUGUUUCUGCUGCUCCCUCAAAUGCCAGCAGCACAACAUCAACUCCUUCCAGUCCUACCACUAAUAAUGCUACUGGAUAUGAUGGAAAGAUAUUUGCCCCACCUAUGAUAGAUCUGACCUCAACAACGGGUGGCUCUUAUUCACUGCCUUCUCUUCCUGAUAUUGACUGUUCAGCAAAUAUUUCACUGGAAAGCAUUGGGAAGAGAGAGGGAAUUGUGGAGAUGAGCCAACCCAAACCUUCUUCACGCCAAACUGUCCAGUCUCCAAAUUCAUCAGUGCCAUCUCCAGGCCUUUCAGGGCUCCCUACAGUUUCUGGUAUUCAUCCUCCAGUUCGUUCACCCAGUGCCUCUAGUAUUGGAAGCCGAGGCAGCUCUGGCUCCUCUAGCAGACCAUCAGGUGCUGAUUCAACACAGAGAGUCCCUGUGGUCAUGUUAGAGCCUAUCAGAAUAAAACAAGAGUCUGGCAUGCCAAGUGAGAACUAUGAUUUCCCAGUUGUAAUAGUGAAGCAAGAAACAGAUGAAGAAUCUCGGAAUCAAAAUUCUAGAUUUCCAAGAACCUUGCUUACUUCAAUGUUGUUGAAUAAUAAUCGCUGCCCUGAAAAAAUAGCCUUGAACAGUGAAACACCAGACAGUACAGGAGACCAGUCAUCUGAUGACAAGGCAGCAUGGACAGGAGCUUCUCAUGUUGGAGAUGGCAGGAAAGAGGAUGACCCUAAUGAGGAUUGGUGUGCAGUGUGUCAGAAUGGAGGAGAACUUUUGUGUUGUGAUAAAUGUCCUAAAGUGUUCCACCUUUCUUGUCAUGUUCCCACACUCAGGAAUUUUCCUAGCGGGGAAUGGAUUUGUACAUUCUGCCGUGAUCUCUCUCAGCCAGAAGUAGAAUAUGAUGGCCCAAGUAAUGCUUCUGAAGAGAAAAGAAAACUAGAAGGCAAUAUGGGAUUGAUACCUGCUGAUCGGAGGAAAUGUGAAAGACUGCUACUGUAUCUUUACUGUCAUGAAAUGAGCCUUGCUUUUCAAGAUCCAGUUCCUCCUAUGGUGCCCGACUACUACAAAAUAAUAAAGAAGCCAAUGGACUUGUCCACUAUCAAGAACAGAUUGCAAAUGCAUCACCCAUUAUACACAAAACUGGAAGAUGUUGUAGCUGAUUUCAGACUGAUCUUUCAAAAUUGUGCAGAAUUUAAUGAGCCUGAUUCAGAAGUGGCUGAUGCUGGCAUGAAACUGGAAGCCUACUUUGAGGAACUUCUGAAAAACCUUUUUCCAGAAAGAAAAUUCCCUCUCCAGCCUUAUUGUCGUGCCGAUGGAGAUAGCCCGGUCUUAUCAGAUGACUCUGAUGAUGACUUUGUGCAGCCCCGGAAAAAACGCCUCAAAUGGGAGGAGCGUCAUUUUUUAAAAUGAACUGGUUGUAUGUAAUGCUAAGGAUUUUUUUACUGAACUAUUUAUCAAUAUUCUAUCCCUGGAGGACAUUUUUGACCACAUUGACUUCUGAUACUUUCUGCCAUGAUACAGAUCUACCAUGGAAAGUCAUGUAGGAGUCUUUAGAAAGUUGACCUUUGUUUUGGAAGUAUGUUAUACCAUCACUCUAGAGUGACAACCAUUCAGGUCUUUUAUUUAGAAAGCUUUUGUUUUAAAAGACAAAAGAAAAUCAUAAUUACAUUUGAAAAUGAGUUUAAUGUGUGAUUUUUGCUGUUUCCAGAAAAUGUGAUCAGAUCAGAAAUUAAUUUACCAAAGGUGUGUGGCUGGCCAUAAUUUCAGUUCUUUAUACUGUACAUAACCAUUAGCCAUCAGAGAGGAAAAGCACAUGGUUUGAUAUUGUCCUAAGAUACUGACUGGUACAGUGGAAUUGUAGUUGCCCCAGAGGUCUACUUGUUCUUUACAAUGUAUGGAGCCCCAAAUUAAAAUACUUCAAAAAAUGU